UGUUCGUUGCUUACGUUUCGGCGGUUGAUAACAAGCCCGUUGAAAACUCAACACGGUCUCCAUAUCCGAUAUUGUCUACGUUCGUAUUCUUUGGGCAGAACAACGGCUUUGUUACCAUUUGAUACCAACUCCGCAGGCAGCCCAUCCGCCUUAACGUUUCGUCGGUAUGACGCAGCACAUGAACGCGGCCGUCGACGAAGACUCUGCGCUGUUGCAGUUUCCCAAAGAAUUCGAAAACGCCGAGACGUUACUUAUUUCCGAAGUGAACAUGUUGUUGAAAUUCCGCAAGAACCAAAACGAAAGCGCUGAGGAAGAACAAGAAUUCUCUGAAGUAUUCAACAAAACCCUUACAUACACAGAACAGUGUUCCAAGUUCAAGAACAAAGAAACCAUUGUUGCCGUGAGAAAUUUACUGGCCAAUAAGAAAUUACACAAGUUUGAAUUGGCGUCGAUCGGUAAUUUAUGUCCACAACUGGCCGAUGAGGCUAAAUCACUUAUACCCAGUUUAGAAGGAAGAUUUGAUGACGAUGAACUACAACAAAUUCUUGAUGACAUACAAGCUAAAUUAAGUAUUCAAUAUUAGUAAUGUGUAUUUAUUUGCCAAUAUUAUAAAAUUGUGUAAAUUAAAUUUUAUAUGGUUUUUAUAAACAAA